UUUCGGGGUAGAUGGCGAACGGCGAUAAUCGAUUUGAAAAUACUCGUCGCCGCUCGGCACACGGUUUUGGGUUUGCAGCAACCACCGACAGUUUUCGCGUACCGACCGUGUGCCGUGCAUGUCAUCGUUGCGGUUCUACGCGAGUUUCGUCCCGGUGUAGAUAUCACGCGUGUUCAUCGUGUGAUAGUAACCUACGAGAGAUUUUCGUUUUUAUUUAUCUAUUUUUUUUUUAAAUUUUUUUUCGAUACGUAAAAAAAACCGUGCAACUCACUUUUACGGUUUGCGGUGUUGUGCGGUGGUCAACGUAAUAUUAUUAAUAUUAUCAUGUCGGUCGAUGGAUAAAAAAACAGUUUUUUUUUUUGGAAAAUCGGAUACUCCUCGGGACGUUCGUAAUCGAACUGUAUAUACAGACAUUUUGAAAUCAAAGGGGAGGUGAAUUCCUAAUUGCAAACCGAUUUGAGGAAUGCGUCGAUGAUAUUUGAAUAACGAUACAUAUGAUUUUAUGCUGUGAAUUGUGAUAUUUCUGGUGAUGGAAGACUACAUCAGCGCCGUACCUGUAUAUAAACCAAAAUUACAAAGCACAAUAAAGUGAACUAAUUAUUUUGAAAAAUAAUUUGAUGGAAAUUAAGCGAUGACUGAUUUAUAUUGGCGAACACAAGAUUAGAUCAAUUAUCAGUUCAUAAAAAUUGAAUCCAUGAGAUGUUCGCUCAACGUUGCCCGUCCGACCCAGUUUUCGACGGAACCGCCGCCUGCGAUGACGCCAUCGCCGCGGUCACUUCGGGCGACUGACGGCCGAAUCGCGUAAGGCGGUGGCGGCGGCGGCGACUGCUGCUGCUGCAUCGCCAUGGACCGGACGCCGUCGUGCUGUUCGCAACCGGUGGCCGCGGCGGCGGCCGUGUACAACUACGGUGUGGCCGGCGCGACGAUCGGCGGUUACGCUACGUCGUACGACGGCCACCCGCUGUCCACGUCGUCGUCGUCGGCGGUCGGCGUGACGACGGUGGUGGACGACGGCCAAGGGUGUUUCUGUUGCGACAGCGACGACGACAGCGUGGAACGGGCCCGCGUGGCCCACGCCAAGCGCAAGUGCUACAAGAGCUGCCUGCGGAACGCGUUCGUGUGCGCCCUGCUGGUGUCGUACACGUUCGCCGGUGCGCUGAUAUUCCUCAGCAUCGAGGGUGACGUGGACGCCGACGCCUUGGACGCGGACGACGGCGGUGGCGGCGGCGGCAGUCCCGUCCGACUGGCCGGCCUGAUGCCCGCCCAACAGCAGAACCUGACGGCCGCCUGGCUGGCCGCGGCGGCCGCGGGCGAAGAGAGUCGCGCUCGGACUGUGGAGACCAUAUGGGAGAUCACGGUCAACUUGAACAUACUGUACCGGGAGAACUGGACCCGGCUGGCCGCGCAGGAACUGAACCGGUUCCAGGAGGACCUGAUACGCCGCCUCACGCAGCAGAUGGAAAUCGAAUCAGCCGCGGUCAGCUAUCACACCGGUGCCGGCGGCGGCGGCUUUAUCGUCGACCACGGUGGUGACUCAGUGGACAGCACCUUCGAAUGGAACAUGGCCACGUCGUUCCUGUACUGCCUAUCCAUACUCACCACGAUCGGAUACGGAAACAUCACACCGAAGACCGCUAUAGGUAAAAUGGUCACAAUGGUGUACGCGUUGAUUGGCAUCCCAUUGAUGUUAGUAUACUUAUCAAGCAUUGGUGGUCUGUUAGCAUGGUGUGCCCGAGGAAUAUUUACCAGGUCGCUGUGCUGUUGUCUGUGCUCCAAGUGUGGGUAUUGUUGCUACGACGAGAAGCUGAUGGAGGAAAAAGAGCGGAGGAUGAAGUUGAAGCGUGAGCGGAAGGAAUACGACAUGCAAAUGAAAACGUUCUCCGGCCACGCACUCGAACCGUACUACGUGCGGCCGGGCGACGCGGACGACGGCGUGUUCCUGAGGGUGUCCGACCGGGCGGCGGCUAGUGCCGCGUCGGCGGCCGCUGCGGCAUCCGAUUCAGCGUCGGUGGCCGCCGCGGAACUGGCGGCGGCCGCGGCGGACAGCGCCAGUUUCGUGCCGCUGCUGUUAGUCGGCUUCGCGUUCAUGUCGGCGUACAUCGGCUGCGGAGCGGCCGUCCUGCACCGGCUUGACGCCGGCGGAAAGUCGUACCUGGACUGCGUAUUCUUCUGCUUCAUGUUGCUCAGCACCAUUGGUUACGGCAACUCGCGAUCAAUGGACGUGACGCUAACCAGCACGGCCACCGUUUGGUUCUGUUCCGUGUACAUACUGUCCGGCAUGGCGCUCACGGCCAUGUGCUUCAACAUCGUACACCAUGGCGUGUCCACCAAACUCAAGACGCUGUACCGGCCGGCGACGGCACAAACGAGUGACGGCGGUGGCGUCUGCUGCGGCGGCGUCAACCCGGCGCAGCAACAUCUGCAACAGCAGCGCGAAGACUGCGGCGUCGGCGGUUGCGGAGGCAGUAUAAGCGAUCUGACGUUGUCGUCUACGCGUGGCGCCGCCUCUAACACCGCCGCCGCCACCACCGCUGCCGCGAAGUCCUGACACGCGAAACGUGGCCACGGUGGCCGUCUCGGGACGUCGUCAGACUGCGGCUGCGAUGACGACGACGAUGACGACGAUCGACGCCACCGAAAUUGCUGUGCCGUGGCGGCCGAGUGUGGCGGACCCGCGGCUGUGAUGACCAAUUACAUUGGCCACAACGGGUACCCGCAACCCGAGAUCGUGGCCAUCGCCACCGGAGGAAAACCCAAUGUCGCGGUCAGCCCGGCCACGUUGGCCGCCGACUGUUUCGAUAUCAAGUUCGGUAGCGUCCUGCAAGAGUCACCGCCGCCGCCAUCGCCGCCAUCCAUGUCUGUAGUCGACCUGACCAACUUGGACACGAUCGCGGAGGCAGACGAUUCCGUCGAAAUGUGAAAAAGCGAAUCUCGCUGCUUUUUUUUCAAAGGAAAAAUUGAAUACGUUCUCUGCUUCACCCGCCGUGGCAUUACCUAAUAUUAUUAUUAUCAUAAAUCAUUAUAAUUAUAUAAUGCUACCUGUAUAACAAAUAACAAUGUUAUCGACAUUAUAUGUCGAAUGGCCAAGAUAAAAAUAUUUAGGUAACUUCUACUCAUAAGCGUAGUCUGGGGUAAAUUUUGGGGGAAUCUGUGGUAAAACUAAAAAUCUAUAAGGUAAAAAGACGCAUUAUUGCCCACUCGGUUAAAUAUCUGAGGGAUCCGUUGCCCCCCAUCCCCUUGACAACCACAGAUUACGCUUAUGCUUCUACUGGCCGUGUAAGAAAAAGAAAACAUUGUUUACGUUCAUUAUUAUGUGACGAGACCAUAGCAAUAUACAAAUAUUAUAACUUCUAUAAUA